AUGGGCCCCGCCCCCUCUGCAGCGCGCCUGCGCCAGAGCCUCACGCGGACGGGCGGAGGCUCGCCCCCAGCUCCUCGUGGCCCCGCCCCCCAAGAACGCGGCUGCGCCAUGGCUUCACAUAAACAGGAGGAGGCGUUGGCGGGAGGGAACAAGGCGAGGAGGGGACUAUUGGGACCGAGAGCGGAGGGGCGCCGGGGGUCCGGGCCGCCUCCCUCCGUCCGUCCGUCCAUCCGUCCGUCCGUCCGCCUGUGCGUCCGUCAGCCAUGUCCACAGACCCCCGGCCCGUUGCCUGGCGACCCCGCUGGUCAAUAUCUGUCCUCUAGACCGGUGGACGGGGCCAGGGGGAGACGGCUAUUUGCCUGCCUGUCCUGCCGAACCAUGCUGCCUUCAGUCCCCAGAACCCCCACCUUGCCGAGCUCGGUCUCCUCGUGUUCCUCGGUGCCCAAAGACAGAAAGAGACCGCCCCCGGGGCACGGCCCGCAGGGAGGCCAGAAACGGAGGCUGCUGAGCAGAGACCUGGAGGAUCCGGCCUCUCCCCCAGAUCCUGACCCGCAGGACCCUGACCCGCACGGGGAAUCCCAGGACCUGCUGGACUUUGUCAACAGGUUUGCUCAGUCUCUGGCCGAGGACGAGCAUUGGACAGGCCCGGCCUCCCCCGGGUGUUCGUCCCCUGCUGUGGGGGAGAGGGAGGGUCCCCCGUGGUCAGGGGCAGCCCACGAGGAGCUGGAGCGUGUCAUCUGCCAGUUGCGGGCCAAGGGCCCGGCCUCCUGUGACCUCCCAGACGACCUGCUGGAUUACCUCAACGGAGACACCGAGCCUCCCAGACCGGCGACCCCAGCACCCCCAGCCUCCCACGGGUCCUCGUCCCCUGCUGCGGGGGAGAGGGAGGGUCCCCCGGGGUCGGGGGCGGCCCUCAAGGAGUUGGAGCGAGUCAUCCGCCAGCUGCGGGCCAGGGGCCCGGCCUCCUGGGUCCUCCCGGACGACGUGCUGGAUUACCUCAACGGAGACCCCGAUCCUCCCAGCCCGGCGACUCCAGCCCCCUUAGCUUCGCCCCCAUCCAAUCUGCUCCUGAAUCCCGGGGACCACCCCCUCCGGACCCCCUCCGGACUCCCUCUGGGCCCCGAGAUCCCGAAGGAGGAGAGCCGUCCCGGAGAGCCGGCCACCAGCCUCUCCCAGAGCCGCAGGAACCCGGAGUACUCUCUUUGCAGCUGGAGAAGCCUCGAGUCCAGGGCGGAGAUGGUACCAUUUGGAAAUCUUGGAAUACCAAACCAGGCACAGGAUGGAAGCGGGAAGACUUCCAAUGGCUCUGAAGAGGUUGCCCCUCCUCACCGGCUGCUUCCUCCUCCCUCCUUCUAGUUAGGACCCCAUCUCACAGCCCCUCGAGAACCCAUCCUCAGCCCACGCCAGACUGCCCAUCCAAAGUCUGGACAUUUCUGGCCAAUCACAAUAAAGCCAUCCUGA